AUGAGUUCUUCCGACAAUGCCUUUGAUCAUGAUCACAUUGAUUCAGACCCAGGCCCACUGUACCAAGAAACAUGGGUCCAAAAGCUUCUUCAACAAAUCCAGGAUUUUCUCCAGGUUAACAGCGACUGGUUUGGGAUUGAUCCGUUCCUGCCUCAGCGCGUCCUCGAUUAUGCCUGUGGGAAUGGCACUGUAUCAAGCGCCCCUCUGGCUAAUUUUCCGAACGCUACCUUCCAAGGCAUUGAUAUCUCCACUUCUCAGGUCCGUCGCUUCAAUGAUGAAGCCACGAAGCUACUAGCGGAAUCCCACGACCGCAUGUUUGCCAUCCAAGGCGACCUCUACGAUCCACACGCACCCUGGCUUGAGCGAUGCACAAUGGUCUGCAUUUGA